GGUAGAACCACAAAGCAUCAAAUAAAGAAGAGUAGGGAUGAGAGUCGUGGCUUCGAUCGACGUCGCGAGAGUUUCGGUUUUUGAUAUAAACCAGGAUACUUCUUCAGGGUCGUUUAUUCUAAAUUUAGAUACAGUAAAGGAAAAGAAAGGAGAACAUAGAAACGGUGAAAAAGAAAGAGAAAGACCAAAAAAAAAAACAAAGAUAGAAGAGAACAAUUUCGGCAGAACGAAUCUUUCUAAAAAGUCCUUUUUUCGUGAAAGCCGCAAGGACUUUCGCAUAAUAGUGGAAAUAAAAAAGGUCUAUUAUUAAGACAGAUAAUGAAGAGUAUGGAUAACUCUGAAAGUUCAUUCGAGAUCAGAGAGACACCUUCGAGUAUCGUUCGCAUCGCAUAUCGUCAACUAAGUAUUAUGACUGGCAUGAAUGAUCUCGCUACUCCGACGCUCUCUAAUAACGAUAAUAAGUUAAUUAAAAAAGAAGAAGAAAGUUGUAUAAUCUGUACUCGACGUCUCUUUCGAUUACCGAUAUUCUUGUCGGUAAGCUCGUCGUUUUGUCAAGCAUACACGACAAUUAAAGAAUCCCAUCAAUCCGUUACAACCAUUUUUGAAAAUGUUGAAAACGGAUUGUGCAAGAGUGCCGAAUAUGUUAGACCAUUGACCAAUCAGAUCCACGAAACGUUAGAAACACCAAUUAAAACGAUUGACAAUUUCGUUUGCGUUGGUUUGGAUUUUAUGGAGGAAAAAGUACCUUCCAUAAAAUCUCCACCUUAUGAAAUUUAUCAAAAUAUCAGCAAUAAUAUUAGAUUGGCUGCCUCAUCAAUAAUGAACAUAUUUUUUAUUACAUUUUCCAACAUUGUGGGAUACGCUGACCGAAUAGAAGCAUCCAUGGAUAAAAAUAAAGAAAAAAAGGAUGAUAAGAAUAAUAACAUUAUCGAUAAUGUCAAGUGAUUUUUAAAUUUUUUCGACUAUCUUUAUUGCAGGCACUUGUAAAAAAGAAACAGAGGAAAAAGAAAAACACACAUUUAAUAUAACAUACAUGUAAAGUACGUUAAUUCAUUCAUUCAAUAAGAUCAUGCAUGUAUAUGUAUAGGUGACCUUACUAUCUCAUAUACAAAUGAAUUUAAUUCAA